AUGGCGGUCAACCGAAUCCGCGGCGCCUUCGCCGUCCCCCGCAAGGGCGAAACCUUUGAGCUGCGUGCCGGCCUUGUAUCGCAAUAUGCCUACGAACGCAAGGAAGCGAUCCAGAAAACCAUCAUGUCCAUGACCCUGGGCAAGGACGUGUCCGCCUUGUUCCCCGACGUCCUGAAGAACAUCGCCACGGCCGAUCUCGACCAAAAGAAGCUUGUGUACCUGUACCUCAUGAACUAUGCGAAAUCACACCCCGACCUCUGCAUUCUCGCCGUCAACACCUUCGUCCAGGAUUCCGAGGACCCCAACCCCUUGGUCCGCGCCCUUGCCAUACGGACAAUGGGCUGCAUUCGCGUCGACAAGAUGGUGGAUUACAUGGAGGAGCCACUGAGGAAGACGCUGCGCGAUGAAUCUCCCUACGUCCGCAAGACCGCCGUCAUUUGCGUCGCGAAGCUGUUCGAUCUCAACCCCACCAUGUGCGUCGAGAACGGUUUCUUGGAAAUCCUGCAGGAGCUCAUUGGCGACCCCAACCCCAUGGUCGUCGCCAACUCCGUUACCGCUCUGGUUGAGAUCCACGAGUCCGCCCCCGACAUGAACGUUUUCGACAUCACACCUCAGAGAUUAAAGAAGAUGUUGAUGGCUCUGAACGAGUGCACCGAGUGGGGUCGAGUCACCAUUCUGACUGCUCUGGCUGACUACAAGGCCUCGGACGUCAAGGAGGCCGAGCACAUUUGUGAGAGAGUGUCGCCGCAAUUCCAGCAUGUCAACCCUAGUGUUGUUCUUGCCGCGGUUAAGGUCGUUUUCUUGCACAUGAAGUUCAUUGGUCCCGAGCUUGCCAAGUCCUACCUGAAGAAGAUGGCCCCUCCGCUUGUGACCCUUGUGUCCUCUGCGCCCGAGGUCCAAUACGUCGCCCUUCGCAACAUCGAUCUCCUUCUCCAGAAGCAGCCCGACGUCCUCAGCAAAGAGAUGCGUGUCUUCUUCUGCAAGUACAAUGACCCCCCGUACCUCAAGCUGGAGAAGCUGGAGAUCAUGGUGCGGAUAGCCAAUGACCGGAAUGUCGACCAAUUGCUUCAGGAGUUGAAGGAAUAUGCCACUGAAGUAGACAUGGAUUUCGCCAGGCGGGCUGUCAAGGCCAUUGGCCAGGUCGCCAUCAAGAUCGAGACCGCCACAGAGAACUGCGUCAACACCCUCCUUGAUCUUAUCAACACCAAGGUUAACUACGUUGUGCAAGAAGCAGUGGUUGUGGUCAAGGACAUCUUCCGAAAAUACCCCGGAUACGAGGGUAUAAUACCUACACUCUGCCAGUGCAUUGAUGAGUUGGACGAGCCUAUCGCCCGAGGCGCUCUCAUCUGGAUCGUCGGUGAAUAUGCGGAAAAGAUCAACAAUGCAGGAGAAAUCCUCGCAGGCUUUGUGGAUGGAUUCAGUGAAGAAUUCACCCAGACUCAGCUGCAAAUCCUCACAGCCGUCGUCAAGCUCUUCUUGAAGAAGCCUGAUCAGUCGCAAGGUCUGGUUCAGAAGGUUCUUCAGUCAGCAACUGCAGAAUGCGACAACCCCGAUGUCAGGGACCGCGCCUACGUUUACUGGAGGUUGCUGUCGAGUGAUCCGCAGACCACCAAGAGCGUCGUCCUUUCAGAAAAGCCUCCGAUCACUACGACCAUUCCCUCAUUACCUCCGGCAUUGUUGGAUCAGCUUAUUCUCGAGCUCUCGACGCUGGCGUCGGUAUACCACAAGCUACCCGAGUCGUUCCUUGGCCAGGGCCGGUUCGGCGCCGAGGCCAUGCAGAAGGCCGCUAUUGAGGAACAACGCCAGCUUGCGCGCGAAAACCCGAUUGCUGCUGCGGCGGCGGCCGCAGCAGUGUCAGGCAACUCUGGUCCGCCGCCCAGCAACGUCGAGAACCUGCUCGACAUCGACUUCGACGGUGCGGCUCCGGCAUCGAUGCAGAGCCAGCCGCCUUCAGGAUCGUCUGGUCUGGAGGGGCUGGCAGGAACACCGCAGCGGGUGGCAUCGCCGACUUCAGCAGGGCCCGGGCCAACCAACAAUAUGGACGAUCUCAUGGGCCUGUUUGGCAGCGGUGGAGCGGCGGCGGCAGCACCUGCCAGCGCAGGUACCCCCGGCCCGAGUGGAUCAAACGACAUGAUGAACGGCUUUGCGGCCAUGGACCUGGGCGGAGGAAGCCAGCCUCCGCCGGCACAGCAGCAGACGGGCCAGCAACAGCAAAAAUCGAGCAACGACCUGUUGGAUCUGAUCUGA